AUGGCGAAAAGAAAGUAUAUGUCUAAAGUUGAUGGCAAAAUCAACGUAGGAGAGAAACACCAGGCGAAGAUUCCCGACCUGGUUGUGACGGACGAAAAUGGCAAAGACGUGGUGAACACGGAAAUAGAAGAAAAAGUAGAUGACAUCGUAACUGACGUUCCAAAGAAUAAGAAAGCCCGCGUGGAAGAAGAAGUGGAUUCUAAAGGUGGUGAAGGAGCAGUAAAUGCUCAUGUUCAGGCAGAACCCGAAAAUUCAGAUGCGCAUGUUCCAGCGAAUGAAAAUGAUGAUAACCACAAUGCAGUCGCUUCGAAUGAAGGAGCUGUUGCGGAUACAAACGAAGCCAACAACACGAACGAAACGAACGAGACGAACGAUGUUAAUGAUGCAACGCAAGACACAAAUGCAGAUGAGACAGCGGCAAACGAAGUGGCAGAUAAUGCUAACACUUUAAAUGAAGACAACCCGGACGAUGCUGGAGCUAGCAAUGUUGCAGAGGCCUCUGCGGCGGGGAAUCUUAGUGGAGAUGAUGUAGUGACACCUGACGACAAUGGAGACUCGGCUGUCACGGAGGAGGUAAACCACGACACGAAUGGAAAUGCGAACGAAGCUGCGACUGAACACGUUCAUGAGGAGACCGCGCCGACGGAAAACGCGGAAUGA